AUGGGGUUCUUGACGUGGCCCUUCUCACAUGAGAAGGAGGAAAAGAGACCCAAGUUCGUCGAGCUAAGGUCGUCAAAAUGGUUUAUUAUGUUCGUCGUGGCCUUUGCUACCGGGACGGACAUCUUCAUGUACGGUCUUAUCGUACCGGUCACGCCAACAGCAUUGAAAGACAAAGUGGGAAUCUCAGAGGAUGAUGUCCAAAGCUGGACAUCCAUUCUCCUUGCCCUGUACUCGGCUGCUUUGUUAGCCUUUGCCCCUGUUGUCGGGUACAUUGCUGACCGAGCCGAGUCCCGUCGAUGGCCUUUGCUGUUUGGUCUCGUUGCGUUGGCCGCUGCAACAGCCUUACUGUGUGUCGGUACCAAUAUCGCGUUGUGGAUUGUUGGUCGCUUGUUUCAAGGCGCUGCCGCUGCGGUGGUAUGGACGGCCGGCCUGGCACUGAUAGUAGACACUAUCGGAAAAGACGACCUUGGCCAAGCCAUUGGCUAUGUCUCCAUGGCUAUCAGCAUCGGAACGCUAGCUGGACCUCUUCUCGGUGGCGUUGUCUACGAGAAUGGUGGUUAUUAUGCCGUUUUCGGUCUUGCUUUCGGUUUCAUCGCCCUCGAUAUCAUCUUACGAUUGCUGUUGAUCGAGAAAAGACAUGCUAUUAAAUGGCUUGCGCCGGAGAUGACACCGCUGUCCGUGACGGAGAAGAAGUCAGGGGAAGUUUUAGAACAUCCCGUCUUGCCAACCAAUGGCUCUGAAUCCCGUGAAUCACAACCGCCUUCUCCCCCCUCACGGAGCGCGUUCGGACGUGUCGCUAUUUUGUUGAGCUCACCCCGUCUCGUCGUAUCCGUCUGGGGAUACUUUAUCUUGUCAAUCGUCCUGACCUCAUUCGACAGUGUCCUUCCACUCUUCGUGCAAGAGACAUUCAAGUGGCAGCAAAGUGGCCAGGGACUAAUCUUCAUCUCGCUCAUGGUGCCGCACGUCUUAGACCCACUGAUGGGGUUUGUUAUUGACAAGUACCCCAAAUCCUGUCGCUACCUCGCUGCAGGCGCAUUUCUCACCGUCGUUCCCGUUCUGGUGCUUCUGCGUUUUGUCAAGGACAACUCGAUGCAGCACAAGAUUCUAUUGUGUGCCCUCCUCGCUUGUGUUGGGGUAUGCUUUGCGGUGGCUAUGCCACCUCUCAUUGUGGAGGUGUUCUUCGCUGUGAAGGAGAAGGAAGAUAAAACUCCUGAUAUCUUCGGUCGCGGUGGCGCUAUGGCUCUGGCUUUUGGGCUGUCGAAUAUGGGGUUCGCGACCGGGAGUCUGAUCGGCCCAUUCUUUGCGGGUUAUAUUCGCCAGGAAGCUGGCUGGGGUGCGAUGGGUUGGGCAUUGGGGUUGAUAGUGGGCGUAUCAUCUCUCCCAAUCCUGUUGUUCGUGGGUGGCUGGAUCUUGAAAAAGCCGCUCGAGUCAGACACUGAAGGCCAGUUGAUGGACAGCGCCCCUGUCCCAUAA